UCUCCCUUGUGCAUUGGAUUGAUACAUAGGGUGGCGCUUGUGGUGGCGCAUGCUUUCAAAAACCAAAAGCACAGACACGCACGCACGCACACACACAAAGCUCACAGUGUGUCACACCCAAAUUUUGUUAGCCUAAACACGUCACAGCCAACUUGGCCAAAAUAAAAAGAAGCCCAAAUCUCAAUGUCAUAGCCCUAUAAAGAAAAAGAAAGAAAAAAAGAGAGGGAGAAAAAGAUAGUGAGCGAGUGUGAGAGAGAGAGAGAGAGAGAGAGUGUGUCUUACUCAAUUCUAACUGGCAAUGUCACAGUGAAUCUGAUCUAUUAAUUAUUGGCAUUUACUAUAUUUAAAAGCAAAAAAAAUUGAAUAGUAUUUGAAACUAUUCGAUCCAAAAGACCCUCACAAAUCGCCUGAAACCAUGCCCCCAUAUUAAUUCCUCCGUUAACGGUCACUUCUACACCUCCUGAUCUCUCUCUCUCUCUCUCUCUCAAUGUAAGUGUAAGAAACAGAGCCAACUCACUGCCCAAGCCAAGCUAUUUUCUCUCAAUGUUUUGAUGCGAAAUCUCGAGCUGAAACUCUCUGAGGCAUUUAUUCAAACACCUUUGGAACGAAGCGAGAUCGUUUUCAGAGUUGACAAAAAAGGGCGUUUCUGAUCUGAAACUUGGGGUGGGAAUUGAGAAUUCCCACGAUGCUGACGUGUAUAGCUUGCUCCAAGCAGCUCAAUGGCAAUGGAUCUCUGCAACAAAAUGACGAAGACAACGCUGUUGGGACUCCCAGUACCAAGCAAGCUGUUAAAGCUCUCACUGCUCAGAUCAAGGACAUAGCAUUGAAGGCUUCAGGAGCUUAUAAAAAUUGCAAGCCAUGUUCGGGAUCAUCAGUUUGUAAUAAGAACCAGAACUAUGCAGAGUCCGAUGCUGCCUCAGAGUCGGCAAGGUUUCAUUAUGCGUAUCGCAGGACAGGGAGUUCAAACUCCACUCCCAGGGUGUGGGGGAAAGAAAUGGAGGCAAGGCUAAAAGGGCUGUCAAGUGGAGAAGGGACACCUGCUUCGGUGAGUGGGCGUACUGAGUCAGUUGUGUUCAUGGAGGAAGAUGAGCCUAAGGAAUGGGUGGCACAAGUGGAGCCCGGUGUGCUCAUUACCUUUGUUUCAUUGCCUCAGGGAGGGAAUGAUCUAAAGCGGAUUCGGUUCAGCCGUGAAUUGUUUAAUAAAUGGCAAGCUCAAAGGUGGUGGGCGGAGAACUAUGACAAGGUCAUGGAAUUGUACAAUGUUCAGAGGUUCAAUCAACAGGCAGUCCCACUUCCAACACCACCUAGAUCUGAAGAUGAGAACUCAAGGAUUGAAUCUGCCAGGGCAAGCCCUAUGACUCCACCUCUGAGCAAAGAACGCCCGCCUCGCCACUUCCAACGCCCAGGGGGAAUGGGUUACUCUUCUUCAGAUUCACUUGACCACCACCCCAUGCAGUCCCAUCAUUGCUAUGACACAUCCGGUUUAGCUUCAACACCUAAACUUUCCAGCAUUAGUGGGGCAAAGACAGAGACAUCAUCCAUAGAUGGUUCUGCAAGGACUAGUUCGUCAAGAGAGGGAGAUCGCUCUGGAGAGCUUUCUGUGAGCAAUGCCAGUGAUAUGGAAGGCGAAUGGAUCGAACAGGAUGAACCAGGAGUCUACAUCACAAUCAGAGCACUGCCAAGCGGUGGUCGUGAACUUAGACGUGUCCGGUUCAGCCGAGAGAAAUUUGGAGAAAUGCACGCAAGAUUGUGGUGGGAGGAGAACCGGGCAAGGAUACAAGAACAGUAUUUGUGACUAGGCAGAUCUUUGAGAUAGUUAUGUCUCCCCUUUGACAAAUACUCCUAGUUUUCUAGUAACCGUACAAAACCUUAUCAACAAACCUUUAUAUGGCAAGUGUGCCUCAGAUACCUCUUUUGGUUAGAUAUGUAUUUCUUAAUUGCGGAUUUUAUAUUGUUUUUCUUCUUGGGUGGAUGAUGUGCAAAAUGUUGGUUGCUUUGCAGUGUGACAAGUGGGGGUAUAAAUUCUAAUCUAAUGGGGGUAUACUUUUUGUUC